AUAUUUCUAGCUUUUGAUUUUUAUGUUCACCUCAAACAUGGAAUUCGUGUUUCUCUUAAUUGUUGAAAGUAAACAUAUUUUUUGUUGUAAUUUACUUUCGUAAGUCUUCGCUUUGAUACUUAAGUUAUAGUUCAGCUAAAUAUCCGUACUGAAAAUAACAUAAGACUGAUCUUAUUAUUUUAACAAUAAUUAAUUUGUUAAGGCAAGCUGUGGAUAUGUAUUCCACGAUCAAUUAAGUUUUAUUUUUCAAGUCCAAAGUACAAUUAAUACGUGUCUCGUGUGUUAAAGUGAUUGUGCAAAAUGUCCAUUGAAGAAAAGUUUCAUGCUGCUGUAAAUGUGAUCAAAAAUCUGCCCAAAAGUGGACCAUACCAGCCCAGCCAUGACCUGAUGCUGAAGUUCUAUAGCUACUUCAAGCAAGCCACUGAAGGACCCUGCACAAAACCGAAGCCCGGCUUCUGGGACGUUAUAAACAGAGCGAAAUGGGAGGCUUGGGCAAAACUAGGCGACAUGACAAAGGAAGAAGCGAUGGAAUGCUAUGUUGAUGAAUUACAUAAGAUCGUCGAAACAAUGUCCUUAAAUUCGAAUGUUGAGUCAUUCUUAACGUUGAACGACAAUGGAGAAGGAUUUCCCAGUGCUGACUUGCAACUUGUUGCUGGCGAUAUUUUGGGGCGUUCUCGGGAGGAAUCGCAACAUAAUUCACCUGCUUAUUCUCGUUCAGUGAGUGGUGCCUCAUCACCAGUGCCUGAUGAAGUUUCGUUGAGGACUAGGCAUGACUCGGAGGAUGAGUUUAUAGACACCGUAGAUGUUAGUGCCCCAAUCGAAGAGCCUGUGACACAGAACGCACCAAGACUAAGCAACGGACACGCAUAUCAAAUAACAUCACAGCUUACUCAUCUGAAGGUGCUAGAACAGUUGCCAGGAACCUUAGCUCGGUUAGAAGCAGAUGUGGCAGCGUUGAGGAAGGCGGUGGAAGGGGAUAGGAGAAUAUUAGAUCAAGUAUCAAGCGGAUGGCGUUGGCCGUGGCAGGAGCUGAGUCCGCCGACAUUGGCCUUUGUUAUAAUCUGGCCUUUUGUGGCUUACAGACUCUUGAACAGGACACAGAGGCACAGCACUUAAUAACAUCGAGUAAAGUUAAGUGUACCGUCGUGCUCAAAAUACAUGAGAAAAUCAUUUUUAUUAUCCAUCCAGCUCAAUGUUGCCAGAAAAUAUUGAGUGGAAGUUAUGUAGCAACACUUUUCGUUAUAAACUUAUGCAAUAUUUCACUAAAAUUAUAAUAGAUUUCGACUUCAAUAAUAAGUAUUCGUACCAUUUCAUGACGUCAUCAGAAUUCUUGUAUACAUACAAGAACUACGAGAGUUAUUCAUUAUUAAAUUCGGUAUUGAUUUUACAGUUCACAUACCUAAUCAUAUGAAAAUAACUGAGAAUAUUGCUACUUGCUUGUGAUAGUAUUGCAUUUCGUUUUCACUGGGUUUGUUUUGAUUAAACUGGUAUUUUGUAUCGUGGGUUUUAAAUUAGUUCUUUUUAUAUUUUUAAGGUCUUCGUGAUCUUGAUUUCUGACAAGAUUCUGAACAAAAAAUAUUUGUUUUUUUUUGCAUUAACUAUUUUUUUUCUAAAAUGUAGAGAUUGCUCUAAAAUGGCUGAUCCAAUUAACGUGAGUCAUAGCCAUGAGUGUUUAUUUUAUCUUUAAACCAUAACCAGAAUUUAAAUUUCCUCCUUCAUAAAAAAAUCAUCAGUCUAACAUAUGCAGAACUAAAUUAUAGUUAUAACGAUGUAAUUAGCUGAUUAUUUCUUUAAAUUUUGUUUUAUAAUUUAUAUAUCCACUUUGACAAUUGACAACACAUACAAGUGUUCUUGGCACCAUCUGUUAAAAAACUUAUAUGCAGCGCCAUCUAGUUUUAAAUUAAGAUCACGAUUACCACAUAUUUUACCAUACAUUUUAUUGUUACCUGUUACGUAUAGUUUAAAAUUAUUUAGGUUAUGUUAUUUGUGAUACGUAGGUUAUAGUGACAUUUGAUUUGCAAAUUCGAGACCUCCUUUAGUGCAAAUUAGCUUGGAUUCAAUAUAUGACUAAAAAUGUUUUAUAAUAAUAAUGUUUUAUUUCUCAAAGGCCCCUGCCCUCUUAUGCAUUCUAUAAAUUUUGUUUGUACGAAAGGUUCUCUUUUUUCGAAAAUAUUUUUAUUGUAUUCCUACUCAAUACAAUUGGUACUGAAUAACUGAAGCAUAAAAUAGUUAACAUACUUGAAAUGCCAUUCUCAAAAUUAGUAGAGACUGAAUAAAACUUAAAUCUUAUAAGGGACAUAGAUAAGAAAUAACCAAUGAAGAUGCAAUGUAUCGUAAAUGGUAAUAUAAAUUUUUUAUUGAUUUUUAUUCAAAUUCACCGGGGCCUAAAUUUCAUAAUUGAAAUACAUGACCGUUGGUUCUUUAAUUCAUAAUUUAAAAUUGUUAAAACUUAUAGUCACUAACAUAAGACACCUAAUUAAUAAAAACUAAAUCAGUAUUAUUAUCCUACAGUUCCAUGAAAUGUUGGUUUAUGCAUGAAGGUUUCAAUUUGUGGUUCAUGUUCUGAUGAAAAUAUAAUGUAUUGAGGCUGAUUUGGGUUUUAUAAUUAGGCGGUAAUAGUUAAAGGUACAGUUGUGUAAUGACAAGUAUAAUGUUCUAAGAAUAUUCUCAAAUAAUUAAAUAAUAGUUGAUCCCAAUACCAGUUUGUGUGGAUUAGUUUCUAGUACUGGUAUAGCUUUGUUGAAAACAGAUUUAGAUAAGCGCCAUCUAUUUACCGAAUAUGACACUUCAGUUACAGUUAAACUGUUGUGAUACUGGCAGCAGUGUAGUUUUUAAAUUUUACCAUAAUUUUGUAAAUCAGUCAAUAUUUGUAUAUUUGUUACUUUAAUAAAGUAAUGGGGGUUUUGUAAA